GCAUCAGCGGUCCAAAUUUGGGUUUUAACGUGCACGGUCCAGUUUGGCAUCUUCCACAGCCUUCCCAUCUUCUCCACACACCCGGCCAGAUUACAUGAGUACGCUCUUGCUGAUGCCUAUGUUACUCUUGAUGGUGCCGCCCAUGUAGUGUAUCGUGGGAGUCGCCUCUGCCAGCACGAAGCAAAUUCUCUCAUCUACCGACAAUUCAAACCCAAGAGGCUAGCCUCGUCUCCUAGUCGUGAACAUCCGCAAAUCUGCAACGGUUCCGAUCUGAAAGCUGGCGCGGAUCUUCCCGGGGUUCUACCAGCAAGACUUCAGACCAUGGCUUAUUAUAUCUUGUUCUUUCUGACCUUCACGGUUAUCAUUGGUGGCACCGCGCUCUACCUUACUCGUGCACGAUGGCUACCGAUUAUUCCCGUGCCUGAAUAUAUCUAUCAUCGCCUUCCUUCCAGUUUUGCCAAUGAUGCCGAAGCUGGCUUUACAUCCACACAAUUUGAUCUUUCUGCGAACGUCGCAGAUGGAGAUAGUAGAGCUGGAUUGGAUAGUCGUGCAAAACGUGAUAUUAGGGAAAUCAUGCACCGGCGGAAAGUCAACUUUGAUGAAGCUCGUCGCCUUUACACAGAGCAACGAUUUGCGAAAAAUAAUAUUGGCCCGGAUGGUCGGCCAAGAGACCCCAAAUUUGUUUCCUUUUCCUAACCGCGUAUUAUGUUACAAAUUGAUUUCGCUAUUGUCGCUCUUAUGAUCUGGGCCUGUGUGCAACCAUACAAGUAUAUUGGCAAUUAUCGACUCUAUAAGGUCACCUUCGGAAGUCGCCGGAUGCUCCUCUAUCUUGCUAUCUGUGGUACAGUUUGCUAAACGCGCUCCGUUCCAAAGCUUGGUACCACUGCCAAUAUUGUUGUCAUCACUAUGUACUGACACGUAUUGACGCGUAUUGACACGUAUUGAUACGUCUAUUGCACCACUCUAGUAUUAAUAUGC